GGAAUCGAAAGAAUGCAACGAAUUUGCAUGUAUCAUUCUGUAAUAAAAGAUGAAAUGAAUUGACGGUUUUAUUUUGAAGAAGCCGGUUGGAAAGCCGUGUUUUCUUUAUUAAAAGAAAAGCAAGUAACUUUUCAGCACCUACCAUGUACAGAUUAAGCAGAAGAUUUCGAAGACGGUUUGGGAAAGACAAAGAAGAGAAAAAGGAUAAACAUACAUUGGACUAUGUCAUCGUUCUGCUCGAUGGCAGCGAUCUCUCUUUCAAUUUGCAUAAAAAGGCCAAAGGACAAGAACUUCUUGACCUUAUCUUCAAGAACCUGGAUCUGGUAGAGAAAGACUACUUUGGCCUUCAGUUCAUGGACAUACAUCAAGUUUCGCAUUGGUUAAAUCCCAUGAAAAAAAUCAAGAAACAAGUCAAAAUCGGUCCACCCUACACAUUACACUUCCGAGUCAGAUUUUAUGCUGCCGAACCACAAGACCUGACAGAGGAACUUACCAGAUAUCACUUCUUUCUGCAAAUCAAGCAGGACAUAUCUAGAGGGAAGCUUGAGGUACCUCUUAAGGUCGGUGUAGACUUGACUGGCUACAGUUUGCAAUCUCAUCUUGGUGACUUUGAGCCAGAGCUUCAUGAAGCAUCAACUGAUUACAUCACAGAAUUCAAGUUUAUUCCUAAUCAGACAAAAGAGUUGGAGAAAGAAAUAAAGAAGAAGCACAAGGCUCUCAUUGGCUUGAAUCCAGCAGAAUGUGAAGUGAAUUUCCUCAAGAUUGUGAAGAACAUGGAUUUCUAUGGAGUCGAUAUCCAUACUGUUGUGGGGGAAAACAAAAUGGAGUGCCAGCUGGGUUUGACACCUCGUGGUAUUUUGUCCAUCAAGGACAAAGAGAAGAGGACAAUUUUUGCUUGGCAGAAAAUCUCCAAAAUCUCAUUCAAGAAAAACAGAUUUCACCUGGAGUAUCAAGGGGCUCAGCGGCAUGCAGAAAGUUACACGUACACGUGCACCAGUUCCCUCGCUGCCAAGCAUCUAUGGAAAAGUGCUAUUGAGCAUCACACAUUCUUCAGACUCGUAAAACCAACUACAAAACCAAAGAGAACGUCCAGCUUCCUACGCUUUGGAUCACGUUACAGAUACAGCGGGAGAACAGAGCAUCAGGCUCAAAAAGAUGCAAGAGUGAGCGCCAGGAAGUCACUCAAGAUUCAAAGGGCAACAAGCGAACGAUUUUCAAGGAGACCUACUGUUGGUUUUAUUCGUGUGGGUUCCCGAGUCUGGGGCAAGGCGCUAAAUGGUGAUUUUUACAAAGGGGUGGUGACUGGUCUGGGAGAAAUGCUGCAUAUCAAGUUUGACAAUGGAGACACUAUUGCGCAUGACAGAACUGAUCCUGAGUGUGUUGUAUUUGAUCAAGUUCCUGAGAUUAGUGACUUAGAAAUUGGGAGUCGCGUGAUUGCUCAUUGGCCGGGUCUGCCCGCCAAGCUGUCUGGGAAGGUGAUUGGUAUAGAGCAUGGCAAGUACUAUGUGGAGUAUGAUGAUGGAGAUAAACAUCACAACACUAUAGACCAGCUAAGGAUACUCAAACCACCGUUGUAUUUCGGACCCGGAGCUAAAACUCGGCGAGGCGUAAGAAAAGCAGAAUCCAUGAAGGUAACAAGUCUGACAGGACGAGCUGUGAUUACCACUGAACUGCCUCCACGCUCCAACUCUAAUGGUUUUGUGAAACCCGAAGAACAUCUCUCAUCUGCAGUUGUGGAUGGUGCCGUGUCUUUACCAUCCUCGUCAGAAGCUACGAAAUUCGACGAUAAAUCUUCGGAAUUAUUCGGGGCUUCAAUUGUUUCCGGAGGCCUUCCCGACGAUAGACCGAAGAAUAUCCACGCGCGAUCUGCUUCGCUUCCUGCCAAUGUUCGACUUCCACGUUCGGCUUCCACUAAUCACGAUAGCACCUCGUCAUCUUCUACUUCGCCCAGCAUGGAUAAGAAAGCCACACGGAACAAGUCAUUUGCAGGAACAACCAAAGCCUCUUACGCCAAGAAAGCUCCACUGGAGAUUUUCUCAUUGCCUGAAACAGAUGUUGACUCUGGUAUCUCGGUAGCUUGUGAGAGACCAACGUCGGGUCGGCAAUCCAAACGAAACCUUCGAAUAUUGGAUCUAAUGAAAAACAGUAAAGAAGAAGAAAAGAAAUCGGGAAAAUCCAAAAGCGACAAAACGCGUAGCCAAUCAAAGAGUGACAGCAAAUCCGGGAAACUGAAGUCCACGAAUUCCACGCCAGCUCGUCUAGACAUACGAGUUCCACCGAAUGCACCUUACGUGCCGAAUUACUUAGAGACAGACCUUGAUUCUGGGAAGCACAAUAAUUAUCUCGUGGACGAUCAGCGAAGCUUUCGUGUAUUUAUCCCAAACGAUAGAAACAAGCGAGAUCACAAAAAGCGCUUCACUACAAUCGAUGGGAUUUCUGCUUCAGACGAAAGACUGCUGCGAGGAAAAGGCGCCUCACCUAUGAAAAGGAGACGAAAUUCACUUCCGGAGCUGCGCACAAUUUUUAAUCAAAAACCGGAAGAGAACAAUCCCCAAGGCAACGAGAAUAAACAGACCAAGAGAAAUCGAACACAUUCCCUAAACGAUCUCGCCAAAAUAUCACCAACCAACAGAAAGGCUACACCACUACAUAUUGACAACUUGUCCAGUGCAACAGACAAUCGGUGUGACUCGCCGUUGUUUUCACCGGGCAUGGAGCAGAGUGCCUCAAGCAACAAACUGUUACUUGUCACUGAUUUGUAACGAGACUGAUGUGUGAUCAGAUGCAGUUAUAUUCCUCCCGCAUGAGGGUUCCACAAGGCGGCGCGUAGAUCAUCGAUUCGUGUCCUGAUAGCCAUGCCACAAACCUUAGCAAUCGAAAAUCAAGCUGAAAAAGACACUUUUUUUUAAUAGAAACUCAGCUUUUUAUGUACAGCGAUCAGUUAGCAUCAAUUUGGCCAAAUUUAAAAAUUUUGAAAGACAUUUACAAUUACCGCUUGCGAUCACUUGAUUGAAUCGUUAUUUCUAAUGUAGUUAGGAGGAGUGUUUUAUUGAUAGUAUUUACUUGAUUUUACGGUUAUUUUUCUAGAAAUCUGUGUUGAUCAAUUUUUGGUUAUAGUGGUAUCUUCAUUGAUGAACUUUGAAGAAAACUGUUCGUACAGUAGGUUGGCAAUUAGCUUUCCGUAGGAAUUGUUAAUUGUAAAUGAUAAUAACAAUAUAUUAUCGGGAAUAUGUUAGUUUGCUUACAUACAACACGGUUUUGUUUUCAUUUUAAACAGCUGUAAAACUAAAUUGAGUAAUGACUGAGUUACAGAACUACUUUUCUGGAAGCCAAUAAGGGGAAGAAGUUGUAUUACGCUGCACUGGUUGAUCAUAGCGAUCGCUCCAAUUGGUCGAUAAGAUUGUUAGCCUUUUCCUUGCUGGCGCUUCUCGCGGGACUGGGGCGUGGAAACCGCUGACACCUCAGACUAAGUGUGCAAGUAGUUAAGAAGUUUCGAACCAUUAUUGGCCAAAUUCCUAGGAGUCAUUGACAUUAUGACUGGUUUUAUUUAUCUGAUAAGAAUGCGGUUUAAAACGAAACGAAAGGCUGACAAGUUUCAAAUCGUAAUGAACUUGUCUACUUUCACAAAUAUGGCCGGGAAACAGUGAAAUUAUUUACUGAACGAGUAUUAAAAGCAGCUAGUUCGUCUCGAAAAAAUGUUGCUACUUUGCUGCUUUAGAAAUAGGUAAUUCCACUGCUUAAAAAUAUUUUUACAUCUGUCCGACAAUAUUUUUUAAACGGACAGCCAAUAAUUAAAGUAAUUUAAGAAGAGAGGCCAUGAUUGUAAUGGUAACUUAAAAAUAAAAGCUCUGUAAACUGGA